AUGGCCGAAGAAGAAGAUUUUAGCUCCAUCCCCCUCCAGGACAGAUUUGUCCACAAGGUGUGGAAAGUUCGAAAGCAAGCCUACGAAGAUGCCGCCAAGGCCUUUUCUGCCACCGCCGACGAGUACGACAAUGCCUUCAGACCCUUUCUCUCCGAUUCCGGCAUCUGGAAAGGCGCCGUCGCCGACUCCAAUGUCGCUGCGCAACAAGAUGGUCUUGCCGCAUACUGCGCCUUUCUCAAGUUCGGAGGCAAAGAACACUGCACAAGGACACGCGGCGUCACGAUAGGGCCCAUUUGCGAAAAGGGUCUGCCGUCAACGCGCGCCGCCGCCAAGGACUCGUCGUUAGAGGCCCUUCUCCUGCUCGUCGAGCUCGAUGUGGCUGCGCCCGUCAUCGAGGAAAUCAUUCCCGUCCUCUCCAACAAGCAACCCAAGGUUGUCGCCGCCGCCAUCACCGCCCUGACCACCAUUUACCACAACUAUGGAUGCAAGACGGUCGACCCCAAGCCCGUCCUCAAAGUCCUCCCCAAAGCCUUCGGCCAUGCUGACAAGAACGUUCGUGCUGCCGCCACAAGCCUCGCCGUCGAGUUCUACAGAUGGCUGCGUGAGGCCAUGAAGCCCAUGUUCUGGGGCGAUCUGAAACCCACCCAACAGACCGACCUCGAGGCCCAGUUCGAGAAGAUCAAGGCCGAACCCGCCCCGAAGCAAGAGCGCUUCUUGCGCUCACAACAAGCCGCCAUGGCCCGCGCCCCGCCGCCAGGAGCCGAUGGAGAAGAGGAGGACGACGGAGACUACGGCGAGGAGCCCGCCGAGAUGGACGCCUUCGACCUGGCAGAGCCCCAGGACGUCUUUGGCAAGAUUCCCGCCAACUUCAGCGAAGCCCUGGCCUCGUCCAAGUGGAAGGAGAGGAAGGAGGCCGUCGAGGGUCUCUACGCGGCCAUCAACGUACCCAGAAUCAAGGACGGCGAUUUCAACGAGAUCAACAGGGGGCUCGCCAAAUGCAUGAAGGAUGCCAACGUUGCCGUCGUCACCCAGGCUGCGCAGUGUAUCGAGGUCUUGGCCAAGGGCCUGAGGUCCAGCUACGCGAAGCACCGCACGACCGUCAUGCAACCCAUCAUGGACCGACUCAAGGAGAAGAAGGCUUCUGUGUCGGAUGCCCUGGGCGCUGCCCUGGACCAAGUCUUCCUCGCCACGAGUCUUACUGACUGUCUUGAGGACAUCAACACCUACCUCGUUCACAAGAACCCCCAGGUUAAGGAGGGCACCAUGAAGUUCCUGAUUCGCUGCCUGAGGACGACACGAGACGUGCCCAGCAAACCCGAGAUCGCCACGAUUGUCGAGUCGGGUAAGAAGUUGUUGUCGGAAUCCAGCGAGGGUCUUCGUUCGGGCGGUGCCGAGAUCCUGGGUACCGUAAUGAAGAUCAUCGGCGAGCGUGCCAUGAACCCGCACAUGGAGGGCCUCGACGACAUCCGCAAGACCAAGAUCAAGGAGUUCUUCGAGACGGCCGAAGUCAAGGCCAAGGAAAAGCCCAAGGCGCCGCCUCCGGCAGCAAAGGCGCCUCCCCCGAAGAAGCUCGUGGGAGGAAAGAAGCCGGCAAUGAAGAGGCCGGUCAUGCCCGCAGCGGCCCCAUCCCCGCCAGUCGAACCAGAGCCCCUUUCGCCGCAGGCCACCUCCCGUCCCAAGCCGGCCGGUACCAAGAUGGGCAUGCCGAAGCCUUCGGGCCUCGCUGGCCUCAAGUCGAAGCGUCCUCUCGGAGCGCCGGGUACCGGGUCGCCGCGUCGUUCCGCCGCCGCUCCCAUCAUGCCCGAAGACGACCCCGCCCCUCCGCCACCACAGCCUCGCAUAGGGCUUGGACGCGGCGGCCUUGCCGGACGCUCGCUCGCCAAGCCUGCCGCUGCCCCCGUGCAGAUGCCACCUUCGUCGCCACCGCCAUCUGACGGACUGACAGCGAUGGAACGGGCCGAGCUCGAGGAGUUGAGGGCAGCGAACGAGCGACUUACGCGGCAGGUGGAGGAUAUGCGGCACGAGAGGAGCAAGUACAUGUCCGAGAUCCAGGAGCUCAAGAACCAGAACGCAGGCCUCAUCGAAGAUCAUACUCGUGAUGUUCUCAGCAUAAAAGCUAAGGAGACCCAGCUGGUCCGCGCAAGAAGCGAUGCAGAGGCCACGGAACAGACCAACGAUCGCCUCCGACGUGAGCUCGACCGCCUCAAGCGGGCGCUCAACCACGCCGAAGGCCUCAACUCCAGGUCAGGCAUGGUCAGUCCUGGUCUCGCCUCUCCCACACACGAUGACGUUGGCAUCUACCGUGACGCCUCAUACGGCUCAUCUUCUGCCCGGCACAACCGCGUUAGUUACGCCAGCAACAUCUCAGAAGAGAAGGAGAACGGAGACCAUCACUACCCUCGGUCGAAGGCACUCAGUCCCGAACUUAGGUAUACGGGCAGUGCAUCGUCUGGUCGCGGUAGCCCUGCUAGAGGCUACCGAAGCUCUGCUGCCACUCCCGUUGACGACAUGCCGCCACCUUCAUACCCGUCUGGCGGAGGCGGAGGCGGAGGAAGCGGCUUCAACUCGAGUAACAAUGGUGUGGAGAGCUGGAAACGUGCUGCCGAGGUGACGAGUCAGCUGAAAGCCAGGAUCGAACAAAUGAAGGCUAAACAAGGAUUUGCUCGUCCCUAA